AUGGCGUCCGGAUCGAGCGACGCCGGGAACGUCUGCCCUUGGCCGGCGUCGAUUCUCCUCGCGGAGGAGGGGUACGCCGCCGCCAGUAGGAACGACACCACGGCCAGAGCCAGAUCGAAGGACAACCAUACCGUGGAGAUCACCUUCUGGAUCGCUGAUCCACCGGCGGUGUCCUUCUACACCUUCCACUGCAUCAAGGCUCCCAACUCCAACUCCAAGGACGUCGACCUGAGAGUUAAUUCAGACGUUGUGGGCGCACAUGGCAGAUUCCUUCUUAUUCGCACCCUCUUGGCCGGAGAUGACCAGGAUGAAUACUUCAUCUACAAGGGCCACCCCAAGUCCCCGUCCCUCGAAAGCAUCCCGCUUAUUCCAUAUCAUUAUAGGCUGCACGGAGCGGAGUUCGGAAUCGUGCUCCGCGGUGACGAUGGCCAUUAUCUCCUGAUUGCACUCCGUGGCACGGUGAAUAAAGAUUACCGGCUUCACAUCUACUCGUCUGAGGAUACAACAUGGACGACUAAGGAACUGCCCAAUCCAUGUCCUGAGGUCGGUACAAUUAUGCCGGACAAGGUCUUCACACUCGGAGAUGGCUUGGUGUUAUGGGUCGGUUUGCUGAAAGGUAUAGUGACAUGUGACGUACUAAAAGAACCCCAUCGUGCGCAAUACAUCCCAUUGCCUGAGCCCUUGCCUGAAAACAGAGAAAAAGUGAAGAAAUUCCUCCCAGGAGUUAGGCUUUUUCGGGAUGUCACCUGUGUUGAUGGUCUGAUCAAGUUUAUUGAGAUAGAAAACCGUGUGAUUGUAAGAGAGAUUACAGAUGAUCCUCCUGAAAAGCCUUUUGACCCAAGGACCAAGGAUGUGUUCUAUGAUUCAGAAUUGAUCAUGCUGAGCAAGCACAAACCAGUGGAAAACAAGCCUAAGAUUCAGCGCUCAGAGAAUGGUUGGAGUGCCACUAUAUGGACUAGGGUGAUAGGGUCGAACUUUUGGCUCAAAGGAAGCGUUGUUGAUGUGAAUGACAUUUUGGUCGAUGACUCGGUGUUUCCAGCGUCGGUGUCCAGCAAGAAGAGUGAAUCUGCUGGGAGCCUGACAUUCAAGAAGAACCUGCCGUGUGCUCGGCCCACCCUGAGCACGGACGGUAAUGACAUCCUUUACCUCAAGUUGUGUAGCCGGCAAUUGGGUGUACCGGUGCUGGCUGCUGUCGACCUUGUGGAGAAGACAAUGAAAGUGGAAGCACCUGGAGUGCGUACUUUUGGAAAAUAUCCCCCUUCGCAGCAAACAUUGCGUCCCUGUGCAUUGGCGAACAGCCUGAAAAUGACUCCAGGCAUUAAAGUCUCAGCAAGCCAGAUUGCAAUGAUGGACAGCUCUGCCAAUAAGCCAAACAGUACAGCUAUCCGUGUGGGUGAGCCCAUUUCCUAUGAAUCUGAGAACAAACGUCCAGGGCUCUUGGCUGAGAAAGUCAACCAUGCACAAAAUGGAGCUCGGAGUACUGUACAGAAUGUUCUUAUCUCACAGGCCCAUCCUAAUCAAAACAAUAUGCCUCCGCGGCUAUGUUUUAACAGGUACGAGCAGCUUGGCUACAGUGGGUACUCAUCGUGGCCCCAUCAGAACAAUCCGGACUUGGAUCCACUGCAAAAACUGUUUGAUCUAGCAACCGAGAAAGGACAUUUGUCCAGGCUGAGGGGGAGAACAACUAAAAUUAGAGCUUCAAUGUAUGCUGACGACACGGCCAUUUUUGUCAAGCCAACAAGGAAAGACAUCUUAGCUAUGGCUGAGCUCCUAACCUUGUUUGGCGAGGCUUCAGGACUGAAAACCAACUUUCGAAAUCCACAAUCAUCCCUCAUGACGGCACCAAAAGCGACAAUCAAGGACAUUGAUCGGCAGAGGAAGAGGUUCCUAUGGGCAAAGCGCCAAGACGCUAACAGGAGGAAAAUGGAAGUUUGCAAGGGCAUUAAGGUUGAGAUGGCUAUGGCGACAAUGGUCGGCAAGUUCGAUGGUAGUCUUGGGGAUGAAACCCCAUGUAACACGACCGAUCAGCUCCUUUUUGCGGCAUCCACAACUUUAACAAUAGGAGACGGAAAAAGAGCAUUGUUCUGGUCGAGUGCAUGGAUAGACGGUCAAUGA